GACUCGCUGAAACUCACAAGUGACGGACUGCGGUGACGGCAGCAAAACAAUUGAGGAACACUGUCCAGAAGCAAUUAGUCAGAUUCUCAUUCAGUCAUUCUAGGGUUCUUCUUCUGCUACAUUGGUCCUUUGUGCAGGAAGGAAUCAUCGAUGGAAAACAGUAGCUCGGAGCAAACUCUGCAAGAUGGCAAACUCUUCAGACACCUCAAUUCUCUCAUCGUCGCUCAUCUUCGUCACAGCAAUCUUACUCAGGCUGCUACUGCUGUUGCUUCUGCAACUAUGACACCAUUGAAUGUAGAAGCCCCUUCCAACAAGCUUCUUCAAUUGCUUGCUAAGGGUCUUGCAGCGGAAAAGGAUGACGUGUCAAGAGGGACUUCAUCUUCUCCUUUUCAAGAUUUGGGUGCAUCAUUGCCCUUGCCUCGUCCCGGUGCAACAGCCGUUGAUUUCAGUUCUUCGGCAGAUUUAAAAGGACCAGUGAAGCGCAAAAGGAUGCGUCCUGCUAAUCAGAAGAGAACAACAGCAUCUGAGAUGUCUGCCUCAGCAUAA